AACUUACCAGGGAAACAUCUGCCAGGGUGACCAUUGCAACUUGCUAUUUCACAGAGAACAGGAAGCCUUGUCCGGAAAGAAGAAAAUAAAGAAGGAAAUGAUGAUUGCGAGCUCGAUCGCAACCGUAUUGCUUCUCAGCGUUUCUCUGUUCGCACUACCGAUCAUUAUCGUUGCAGAUUCGGAUCAAGACCAAACUGCUCCAGCACGCUCAAAGACGUACGUGCUAGUCCACGGUCCUGGUAGUGGAUCAUGGAAUUGGUACAAAAUCAAAUAUAUGCUUCAGCAGGCAGGUUUUACAGUUUAUACACCGGAUCUCACGUCCCAUGGAAUUAUGGACAACAGAACUGCUGAUACUGUAUUCACGUUGGUCGAUUAUGCCCAGCCCCUUUUGAACUGCGUGGCAUCUGCACCUGAGAAGGUAAUAUUGGUGGCACAUAACACUGCUGGAACACCAUGUACUCUAGCCAUGGAGACGUACCCAGAGAAGAUUGAGAAGGCUGUCUUUCUUUCAGCUGUCAUGCCCAUCUCAGGGACAGUAAUAAACGACUACCUCAAAGCGCCCUUUCAACAACUCGUAGACGAAAACGCAAUGCAUCAAAUAUUUGCGCAAGGAACGUUCUAUGAAACUACAUCGAUCCAGAUGAACGCCACCGCUAUGCGAGAGUAUUACUUCGGACAGUCUUCUCUCGAGGAUUACAUCAUGGCUUCGUCACUACUGUGUGCCACCCCGUACAGAUGUUUCGAUGAUCCGGUCUACCUGACCCCCGAGAGAUACGGGUCUAUAGAUCGCUUCUACAUAAAAACAGGACAGGACAAGAUUGUGCCCCCUGUGUUUCAAGACAUAAUUAUUAACAAGAACCCACCCAAGCAAGUCUUCGUUCUGAAGAACAGCGACCACGCCUCCUUCUUUUCUGAAACCGAUUUGUUAUUCACCCUGCUUAAGAAUAUUCCACUUCUAUAACUUUAACAUAUUUCACGGUUUUUCAUCUACUCAGAUUUCUUCGCUUAAGGUGACUCCAUAUCUUUGUCAUAGCAAAGCGGAUAAUAAGAUGGUAAGUGCUGUAGGAAUUUGGAAUCGCUAUUGUUGGCAUGCCCUAGUGUACAAUCUUGGCUUCUGAAUCAGCGACUUUUAUCCUGAUUUUGGCAUUUAUUAAUUGGCUCAAUAAAAGUGGACACUUCGUUCACCCGGUGUGGCUGUCAUAUUUUUU